AUGUCGGUCCGUAUUCAGUUUGAUCAACCCGACCACAGGUGCUAUACAAAUCUCGACUUCGUCUCGGGCAUUGUCAUCCUCAUCCUACCCAACGAUGCCACUAUCUCAGCAGUCACGGUCAAGCUCGAGGGCGAGAGCCGAACUCGGCUUGCCGUGCCCAAAUUCCCCAACAGCGAGCGUACGGACAAGAAGAGAUCGGAGCUAGAGUUGCACAAGCUUCUGUAUAAAGUCAUAACCGUCUUUCCAACACCCGAGCUUCCAGAAAGAAGUAGCGGUGCGGCGUACACCCUCCUCGCCGGUCAAUACCACUACCCGUUUAGGUUCAAGUUCCCAUUCAACAACGACUGCCAGAAGAACCCGAGUCCCCUUAAAGAUAUCAAACUCGGCCAUGUGAAUGUCCAGUUUGCACCGGACACCACAAGACACGUAAAGAAGACGUUGCCGCCCUCACUGAGUGGCUUCCCUGGCGAGGCGGAAAUAAGAUACUAUGUGAAGGCGACAGUCGUCCGCCCCAAGUUCUUUCAAGAGAACAUCAGAGCAAUUGCCGAUAUCAACUUUCUACCUAUCGAGCCUCCUCGACCUCCCAAUCGUCAUGAGGAGACCUUUGCACGGCGGAAGAGACAGUUUCAGAGAUACCCAGCUGAGUCGCAGAAAAAGAUGGCUGGCCUUUUCAGCAGGAAAUCUUCGACUCCCACAUCCGCUGAGGAGGAGCCUCCCGCUUUUCAGGUUGACGCCCGCCUUCCAAGUCCCGCCAUCAUCACAUGCAAUGAACCACUGCCGUUGCGCAUAUUGGUCGAGAAGCUCAAUGAUAGUUCGGCGACCGCGUAUCUAAAGAUGCUACAAAUUGAGUUGACAGGGUACACACAAGUCAGAGCCCUUGAUCUGGAAAGGACUGAAAUCACAAAAUGGCCAUUGAUGUCACAGGCGAACAUGAACAUGCCCCUCGGAAACCCUACCGAGAAAAGCCGCAAAGAGUGGAAACUCCCCUCUCGAUUAUGGGAGGACCUUCCUCUCCCCAACACUGUAUGCCCUACGUUCGAUACCUGCAACAUCUCUCGACGGUAUGAACUAGAGGUCACCGUGGGUUUGGCACAUGCCAUGGCGAGUGGCAUACGACCAGAACUUAUGGUCCUUCCUUUGCGUCUGCCAGUCUUGGUGUACUCGGGCAUCGCGCCUCCUCCGAAGCUGCUGCAGGCUAUGGCCAACAAUCCCCGUCCCCAACCUUCUCCUUUGCAUCUGGCGCCCCCAAGACCGACCGAGAUCAAUGGGAUGUCUUCACAACCGACCACUCCAUUAGAGACGCCGACAACUCCGUUGUCCGAGAUCAACUCGUACCCGGCUCCAGUGGGCUCUUACAACCUGCAUGAACAAUCAGAUAUUCCGGACGAUGCUCCACCCAGCUAUGAAGACGCGAUGGCUGAGGAUAUCGCGCCCGUGGAUGGCCCUAGGAGGGAUUACCAGGUACCAGCUCAACCCACAGCUCAGCGGCCUCCCUUCAAUCCCGACGCAAAAGGUAGUGGUCUCGGUCGACGAGUCAGCGAGCGCCUGUUUUCUGGCGGUGAACCAGUCACUCCCACUAGGACAACUUCGAUAGGAAGCACUGUGCCAGGCUCGACUAUAGCCGAGGACGAAGAUCUUGGAUCACCUUCAGGGGAGAGCUCCAGCCGAAUGUCUGCCUGGAGGCGGAGUUUCAGUGGGCAGAAGGAAUAA